GAUGACGCAGUGCGCUGGUUUACCAUCAGCCAGUCAUUCUACAGACGAAGAAGCAGCAGGAGAGGAAGUGAGGACGCGGUGUCGCUGCAGUGUCUGCUGUGCUCAGCCUCAUCUUUAAUAAUCAUCUUUAAUAAUCUGUCUGUAAUAUCUGAGCAACAUGUCCAAAAUCACCGGCUCAGACCGCUUCAGGAAAGUAGACGUAGAUGAAUACGACGAGAACAAGUUUGUGGACGAAGAGGACGGAGGAGAGAGCGCGGGAGGUCCGGACGAAGCAGAGGUGGACGCUCUGCUCAGACAGGGCAACAUGAGUGGAGCUCUCCAGGCUGUGUUAAAGAAUCCUCCAAUCAACACCAAGAACCAGAACGCCAAGGAUCGAGCAGAGCUGCUGGUGGUCAGAGUGCUGAGCAGCUUUAAGAGCAGCGACAUAGAGAAGGCUGUGAGCUCACUGGACAAAGCCGGGGUGGACCUGCUGAUGAAAUACAUCUACAGAGGCUUCGAGAAGCCAUCAGACAACAGCAGCGCGGUGCUGCUGCAGUGGCACGAAAAGGCUCUGGCAGUAGGAGGAGUGGGCUCCAUAGUUAGAGUCCUGACUGCCAGGAAGACCGUGUGAUGGUCCCAGAGCCCGCAGAGUCCAUCUGUUAACAGACGGUAGUCAAAACUCCGAGAGCAGCGGAGCAGGACAGGGACAAGCCUCUUCUUCUCCUCUGUCUUCUUUCUUGGACAUGAUUCCACUUUCUUUUUAUACUAAGGCUGAGCGUCUCCUUGAUGCACUUCUUUCCUCUCAGUGUUUUUCUGCGUUCACAGUUUUCAGUCACACCUCUGGUAUUUGGAAGUGCUGGCAGGCGGACAGGGAGGUGCUGGCACCUCUAAACGUCUGUCUGGCAGCCCUGCAGAGAGAGCAGACACGUUUGAGACGCUUCACUCGGACACAUCCUCUCCACGCUGCUUUUCAAACUGCUUCACAGCUGCUCUGAUGCCCCUGCUGGCUCACUGCAGCCUCCUUCCUCCUCUUCCUCCUCUUCAUCCAGGUUGAGGACAUGGAGAGGUCGUUUUUGGACUGGUGACCUUUCCGGGGUGUUUCCCUGCUUUUUGCCUCGUGCAUGCUGGGAUUGGAGUUCUUUUCCCCUUCAUCAUUCAAUCUUUCUGGACAUUCUUUGUUCAUUUUCUAUUUUUUUCUACAUUUCUGUGUCACCUGGCUCUCAGGUUGUACUGCUUAUAUUAUUUUUUUAUAUCUGAAAUAAAGUGUUGAACCUGAA